AUGGCCCCAAGGAAGCGCAUUUCUAAGAUUGCUUCGAGGAGUGCACUGCCGCCAGUGCAGACGGCUGAGAGCACUACUCACCACUCGGUGUGCGUCCAAACUGAUGCCGUGCCAUUGGGUUCCUUGAAGCGCAAAUGGGCUCAGAACAAGGUGAAGUCAGCGGCCCCACUGAUACCGCCGCCGCAGCAGUUGGCAACUCACCUGAUGCCGGCGGUAAAUCCACAGGCAGCUUCGUCCGCCUCUAUAAUGAUGAGUGGGCCAGCGGAGGUCUUGCCAUCGUCUUUCCCCGGUCCAAAUGAGAAAUCCUGCCAGGCGGUGUAUGGCGGUAAAUUGAACAAAGCCGACAGGGUUAUCAUCGCUAACUCUGGCGGACGAGAGAUGAAUUACCUGAAGCUCAUGGUCAAUAAUCGACGUGAGGAAGCCAAUCAGUGGGAUCGUACGCGUUUAGAGACGUUGCUGGCUCAGAUCAACCACGAUCCCCCGCCGCGCUGGCAUGUGGCGACCCAAAUGUGGAUGGAGGUCGACCAGCUGGAGGAGCGUAUAGAGGCCUAUGAUAAGAAGGAGCUGCUUAAUGCCAAGAAGAGUAAAAUGGACCAUAGCCUUGACUAG